AGUCGCGUUGGAACUCCUCAGCGAAGCGGUUGGCGUGUCGAGCUCCGUUUCGGCAGUUCGGUCACGUUGUUUUCGCGUAUUCAAAAUACUCGUUAGUAUGAAGUAAUAUCGUACGUGUUGGUUUUUGUUUAGUUUUUACUUUUAUGACGAUGGACUUCCAGAGUGCUAUGGAAACGUUCGCUGAAGCUUGGGUGGCUGCGAAUACCAAGGGGGCUCCGCUUGCAGAUAUCUCCACGCAGAGCCAAGCUUUGGCAUUAACUAGAAACUGCAAAUCUCCAGCUCCCACUUCGGUCUCAAAUGCUAUCGAGAAAUCUAAUAGGGAAUCAACCGAGCGAGAUUUGACUCCCAGUGCCGCUAGAUCAUCAACUCCCUUAGAAAACACUGUUUCACCUCAAUCAAUUAAAGAUGAGUUCGAAUCGUCAAAAAAUACUUCCACAGCGAAAUCGCUGCCAGUUCACUGCAUAGUGGAGGCGAUAUGCUCUUUGGAGGAGAACAGGUCUCUCCAGCACGGAGUUUGGAGGAGACGGCCGAUCAUUGAAAUAGACACGUACGUGAUUAUUCCCGUUGGGACUCCUUUUCACAACCUCGUGCAGGCCGCGCUCUUCAGGCUGGGAUAUUCUUCGGAAAGCGUGGCGGCCGCUAAAGGUUCCGUGUUGAUCAAAAAUUGGAAAGCUCUGAGCUUCGAUCAGAUUUCUGACGAUCCUUUGAUUACUGUAGGUGAUAUACUUGGAGAGCUUUCUACUGUGGCUACCUUGAGAAUACAGAUCUUCAGAGGUAGACCGGGUGGAUUAAAUGAAAUAAAAGACAAAUUACUCAAGUUUCUGUUACUCCAAUCUCACGGGCUGCUCCUUUCUUCAGGAUGUCCACUAGACGAGAUUCUUUUAACCCAACUAUGCCGAAGCACCGGUUCUUCAGCGUGUCCCCUGCCGGAAAUAUCCGAAGAAAACCGACGAAAAUUCGAUCAGUGGUGGGCCACCCAAUUCAAUCCCCAAUCGCCCGCCGGCCGAUCCCAAUUCGUCCCUUCGUAUCCCAAUCAAUACCAAGUCCCACCUCAAACUGCGGCGCCUUUGGAACGCACAAUCCCCGACACCCAUCCGGCCAUGCAAACCGUUCACAACCAAUUUCCCACCCAAAAAACCCGCAUGCGGACGAGCUUCGACCCCGAGCUGGAGCUGCCGAAGCUGCAAAGAUGGUUCACCGAGAACCAGCAUCCCAGCCGCCAGCAAAUACAGCAAUACGUCAAGGAACUGAACAGCCUGGAAUCUCGCAGAGGCAGGAAGCCUUUGGACAUCAACAACGUGGUUUAUUGGUUCAAGAACGCGCGGGCCGCCCAGAAGCGCGCCGAAAUCCGGAACGUUUCCACGCCUAAUCUCCACCACUUGGGCGUGAACGGCUACAGCAAUCACAGUCCCACGAACGGCGGCUUUCUGCUCGCCGAAAAUUACAUGAACUCCGAGCAGCGGUUGAAGAACACUUUAGUUAGGCGGCAUUUGCAGAAUUCUCAUACUUCCGACGAAUAUUCCAACGCAGGAUCUGAUAUGGAAGACGAGGAAAUAAGCGAAGUUCCCCCGAGCAGCCCGUCAGGACCGCUAUCGCUUACCACUAGGAAGGAUUCUAGAGAAACUAGCCCCAGAUCGUCUACACCUCCGCCUCCUCCUGAUAUACAAAUCGAGAAUUGCAAGGAAGAACCGAAGGACGAGGUGCCGUCGUUCAAUUCGAACUCGGCCGAGCACGUCAACAGCAAAAAUCUAUCGGACGAGGCCGAUGUCGAGGCCGAGGACGAAGAGAUGGAUGGCAUGGCAUCGUCGCCGGUGAGCCGGCGAUUCUGUAAUUCCCCCCAGGACGUGGAUAAUCAGCUUAUUCCUCGAACCCCAGACGGCCUCGACAGAUUAGCCGGAUUUCCAGUCCUCCCUAAUUCCAUGUUCAGCCAUAGUAUUAUGUAUAUGAGUCAUUAUAUGCCGGGAUUAUCCCACUCGGCGACGUCUCCUCCUAGUUCGUCCCUUGCCAUGUCUAAUUUGACCGCCGACGAGCGCCGAAAGAGGAACCGCACGUUUAUAGAUCCGGUAACUGAAGUUCCGCGACUUGAACAAUGGUUUUCCCUUAAUACCCACCCUUCGCAUAAUUUAAUUUUGAAAUAUACGGAAGAGCUUAACUGCAUGGCUUAUAGGCAAAAAUUUCCUAGGCUAGAGCCUAAGAACGUUCAGUUUUGGUUCAAAAAUAGGAGGGCUAAAUGCAAGAGAUUAAAGAUGUCGCUCUUUGACAGUCAAACUGGUAAUUAUCAUCACUCCGAAAGGGAUGAUAUUAAACCGUUGCAACCUUUUAUAAAUAAAUGAACUGAUAUUCAAAUUACAGAAAAGCGAGAUAGUUAUCAAUAUUCUUAAAUUAAAUGUACCUGUAUUUUUGUCCAAAAGUCGUACUAAAGCUUCCUUUUUCUAGCAUUCCUUACGAAUUUCAUUUCAGAAAUAAUGAAUAUUCUUAUUUACAAUAAGACAAUAAUAUUUAUUUUUUCUUAAGUUAAGCAAAUGUCAAUUUUAACAAAUGGGAAAUUAUUGCAAAAAAAUUACAUCGGGAUAAGUAGAAAAAUAAUAAACGUAUUCAACUCGCAAAAAUUGGCGUAUGCUCCAGCUAAAAUCUGUUUACAAACAUUCUUCUAAAUGGAAAGCCUGCUUAUGUGAAAAUAUAAUCAAAAAAAUAAGUAAUUUAAAUAGCGUUUCUAUUUUUUCUUGUAUAAGCCACCCACAAUCUUAUUGUAAAUCUAGUACCUACAGAAGUAAUUUAUGUAUAAAUUAUUUGUUACAUCAAGACAAAUUCUAAUUUCCAGGUACUUAAUUGAUCAUGAAUUUUUUAAUAUGUAUUUUUUAAUGUUUUUUUCAUCCAUAUACUUUCUGUUGUAAAUUUUAGCGCCAAAAUGUAGUAUUGUGCAAUGUAUAUAUUCUGUAACGAAGUAUUUAAUGUAGGAUUCUCUUGACACAUUACGUGUUAUUUUUAUGUUAUGUACCAAAGAUUGUUAAAUAGUUGCCAAUCAAAUAUUCCACCCUCAGUAUAUGCAAUAUACUAAAAAAUGUAUUACGCCGCAUACUUAAUAGUCGUUGUGUAUGUUGUAGAUUAUAAAAUCGCAACUUGUCAUUGUGAAUCGAAUGUGCAAAUCAUUUUUUUGUUAUUUCUAUGUUAUAUUAUUUAUAAAUUCUGUAUGUAUGUAAAUAAACCAUUAUAAAAC